GGCGGGCAGGUGCAUGCGGGUUCAACGGGACUCGAGCGCUUCAUAUUCGGCGAGCCCGCGUGGCGCACAUGCAGACAGCUGAAUGCCGGACCCUAAAGGAGAACCUCGAGCUCAUCUGAACACAUCUACAGUGAACCAGCCCGAAUCAAACCAUCAUACAGUGUACGAGUGCGCGUACUGAUGACCAACUUACGCAGACGAGAGAAGCCGAGCGCGCAACGCUUGUGCGUCUUUGGAGAGCGCGCAUAGAUGAGAGCUAGAGGGCGGCGACGCAUCGCUCCUCACCACCGUUACAGCUCGACUUCUGCGGUCCCGGGACCUUCACCUGAUCCCUCCGGGAGGAACACACACUGAACUUGAUUUAUUGGCAAAACACCGGGACUCGUAACGAAUCGUCUGUCCUCAGUUCACCAUCGCAGCAGUUUCUACUGUACUGUACGUCUCUGCUAAAGAAACACCGACGAGGGAGCGAGGAGUUUCCAAACUCCAGACACGAGUCAUGGGUGAAAACGGAGGUGCUCAGAGAUUUGGAUUGGGAUUAAUGCUUCAUUUGCUCUUUCUGUGGAUUCUGCUGCAAAUAGUUGGCGCGCAAGUCGACGAUGACUUUCUGUUGGGAUUGGGUGAGCUCCCGGAGACGUUUCCCAGCGAUCCUCCGGAGCCGCUCCCCCACUUCCUGUUGGAGCCGGAAGACUCUUACAUCGUUAAAAACAAAGGUGUCAAUCUCUACUGCACGGCCACGCCCGCCACUCAAAUCUACUUCAAGUGUAACGCCGAAUGGGUUCAUCAGAGAGAGCACACGAUAGAGGAGAGGGUGGACGAGACGUCGGGUUUGGUGGUUCGGGAAGCGAGGAUAGAGAUCACUCGACAGCAGGUGGAGGAGUUGUUUGGUUUGGAAGAUUACUGGUGCCAGUGUGUCGCCUGGAGCUCCGCAGGAACCACGAAGAGCCGCAAGGUGCACGUCCGGAUUGCAUUCCUGAGGAAGACAUUUGAACAGGAACCGUUGGGUAAGGAAGUGUCACUAGAACAGGAAGUGUUACUGCAGUGUCGCCCACCUGAAGGUGUACCGCCCGCUGAGGUGGAAUGGCUGAAAAACGAGGAGAUUAUCGAUCCGGCAGAUGAUCGAAAUUUCUACAUCACCAUCGAUCAUAAUCUGAUCAUCAAACAGGCGCGGCUUUCCGACACGGCUAACUACACCUGUGUGGCUAAAAACAUAGUUGCAAAGCGCCGCAGUACCAUGGCUACAGUCAUCGUCUAUGUAAACGGAGGCUGGUCGACGUGGACCGAGUGGUCAGUGUGUAACAGUCGCUGUGGACGGGGCCUACAGAAAAGGACACGUAGCUGCACCAAUCCUGCACCUUUAAACGGGGGCUCGCCAUGUGAUGGACAGGCCAUCCAAAAAAUCGCCUGCACCUCAGUCUGCACAGUGGAUGGCGAAUGGGCCGACUGGAGUAAAUGGUCGGCGUGUAACACAGAAUGCACUCAGUGGAGGAACAGGGAGUGUAACGCUCCUGUACCACAGAACGGAGGCAAGGAUUGUGAUGGAGUCACGCUACAGGCACAAAACUGCACAAAUGGACUCUGCCUACAAAGUUCAGUAUAUCAGCCAUCCCUUCAGCCCGUGGGGACGAGAGAGCAGGGCUUUACAUCAGCGCCGGGUGGAGAUGAGGUCGCGCUCUAUGUGGGUAUCAUUAUGGCGGUGGUCAUGUGCCUGCUCGUCUCUGUCAUCGUAGCCCUGCUCGUCUACCGGAAGACACAUCGGCGCUUUCAUUCUGACAUCAUCGACUCAUCGGUGCUGAACGGCGGAUUUCAGCCUGUUAACAUCAAACAAGCACGCUCAGCUGAUUUGUUGGCUGCAACUCCUGACCUGUCCACAGCGGCGGCGCUGUACCGCGGUCCAGUGUACGCUCUCCACGACAUCUCCGACAAAAUCCCCAUGACCAGCUCACCGCUGCUGGAGCCGCUGCCUCUUCCCAACCUCAAGAUCAAAGUGUACAACUCCUCCAGUGCUGUGACACCGCAGGAGGACAUGACCUCUGACCUCUCUGACACCCUGUCCCCAAAAGCCACCCACUCGCUUUUGGACAGCGAUCCCGUGACCCCACGUAACCAGACGCUGGCACGCGGACGAGACCCUAUGUGCACCGCGGUAGGAGCGUUUAAUUCAUUGGGAGGACGUUUGAUCGUACCCAACUCAGGUGUGAGUUUGUUAGUGCCGGCCGGAGCCAUUCCUCACGGUCGCGUGUAUGAGAUGUUUGUGACGGUGCAAAGGGCAGAACACAUGAGACCAGCGGUCAGCGAUGGAGAGACGGUGCUCAGCGCUGUGGUCAGCUGCGGCCCGCCGGGCGCUCUGUUGACCCGUCCUGUCGUUCUGACCCUAUACCACUGCGCGCACGCACCCUCCGACAACUGGCAAAUCAUUCUCAGGGGUCACACGCAGCACGACCAAUGGGAGGAUGUGGUGAUGGUUGGAGAAGAAAACUUCACAUCAUCCUGCUAUGUACAGCUGGAAGAGGAGGCGUGUCACAUCCUGACUGAAGCUUUAGGAUCCUACUGUCUGAUUGGCCAGAGCAUCUGUCCGUCAGCGGCUAAACGAAUCAAACUGGCAGUGUUUGGGCCUGUAGUCACAGCAGGUUUAGAUUAUCACAUCAGGGUUUACUGCCUGGAUGACACGCAGGAUGCACUUAAGGAGGUAUUACAGAUAGAGAAACAGAUUGGUGGGAAACUGCUGGAUGAACCAAAGACUCUGAACUUCACUUACAGUAACCACAACCUGAGACUUUCACUGCAUGACAUGCACACACAGUGGAAGAGUAAACUACUCACUAAAUACCAGGAGCUGUCUUUCUCUCAGGUGUGGAGCGGUUCGGUGCGGAGGCUUCAUUGCUCUUUUGCUCUGGAGCGUCAGAGCUCUGUCGUGUGUGAGUUGUGUUGUAAGCUGUGCGUACGGCAGGUUGAAGGAGAAGGUCAGAUCUUCCAGCUCUACACCACACUGACCGAGGAUGUACAGUGUAUUGAUACGUCCCUAAUGGACCCCGGCAGCAGUAUUACGGUACUGACGGGUCCGAGUGCGUUCCGAAUCCCUGUCAGCAUCAGAAACAAACUCUGCAGCAGCCUGGAUGCACCGCAUACACGAGGAAAUGACUGGAGAAUACUGGCGCACAAACUUAACCUGGACAGGUAUCUGAACUACUUUGCAACCAAGAGCAGUCCUACAGGAGUCAUUCUGGAUCUUUGGGAAGCCCUGCACUUUCCGCACGGCAACCUGAACCAGCUUGCCACGGUUCUGGAAGAGAUGGGUCGCCAUGACAACAGCAUAGCAUCUUUGGCAAAGGAAUAUUGACCAUUAUGAUGAUGUUUAAGCAGAAACACCGACUGGAGAUCAAAGGAUUCAGCUCAACACAGAAGUUGAGUUGUUUUGCCACUGAAAAAAACAAAGAAAUCACCACAUGAAGAAAGAUGAGUCAAAGCAUCCGCAGAACGCAGAGCCCGUGACCUUUGGCACCAACUCAGCGCAGCAUCUUAUUCCGUUACCAUGGAAACGUGAGGUGCUGCUGCUGCUGCUAUCUAUGCGCGUGGAUGCCACUGAUGCGGGCUUGAGAAUCUCACCGGGGUCAAAGGUAAAGCCGGUACAGGGUCAAGAUCUAGACAACCAAAAUGCUCUCUCAGACCCCUACAGUAUAUUCCUCCACAAAAAACCCUUUCUCAGUUUGCACGUGUAGGGACUGCAGUGUUAUCCAGUGUCUGAAAUCUCCUCCAUACUUUAUGUCUCCUUAGUGAUCGUUUUUAAGGAAUUUCGUGGUGCCAUCUAGUGGUUGCCGAUACAGUAAUUCUCAUGUAAUAUAAUAUUUUCAGAAAGAGAAGAAAAUACAGUAUUUAGCGUGUCGACUGAGAGUACCUUAAAGUGGCCUUUAAAAUCUAAUUAACAUUCAAAUCUGAUUUUAAUUGUAUUAUUUUUGUAAUGCAAAAAAAGAACAAUUCUAUGUUUCUUUGAUGAACAAAAGUGCAUACGAGCACUUGCCAGGGAUUAAAAAUAAUGUAUGCCAUUGAUAUUUGGUUAUGUGGAAUGUGGAAGAUGAAAUGUGAAGUCACACCGUAAUGAUGGGAUUGAUCGGCGCACUUUUGUAAGAGCAUCAUAUCUUUUAUCUAAAGAAGUCACUUGUUUUCUGCAUGAAGUGUUUUGUUUUCAUUUUGACAUUUUGCUCUAUGCCUGGUUUAACAAAACAGUAAAGAUGCCCAUUAUAAAAAUAUACAAUACGGUCACAUGGUACCCAUUAUUUCAUCAAAUUGAGGCAGUUGGUAAAGUUAUUGUUACUAAUGUCAAAUUAAAAGUAUAUUUACUUUAAACUCUUCACAGGGGUUGUUGGUCAUCACCAAAUAAUCACACUUUUAAUCUACACUUUAAAAAUAGAGAUGGAGAAAAGAAAAGGGAAAAAUUUGUAUAUUCCCCAAGAUCCUUUCAGUCCAACCUGAUCUCACGGGAUUCGUACAUAUUUUAUGAUUUGGCUAAUUUGAUGAAUUUAUAUAAAGUGAAUCAUAUGAUUAUUCAACAAAAAACAAUAAUGAUACACCACCCACACCUCCGCCUUUAAACCAACAUAGGGGUGAAAGCAAAUCUUAUAAAACGUAUACGUAUAUGAUGACCACUUCGUAAAAUAUGUCGAAUUGCCACAACGACAUUUUGUUGUUCAGGCAAAGGUUCAUAAAGGAAUGCUAACCUUUGCAUAUAAUAGGAUAACAUUUCAAAUUAUUGUAAAUGUUAAACAUUCUUACAUUCAGCCCUUUCAAAUUGUGACUCUGGACCACAAAAUCACUCAUAAGGAUCCAUUUUUUUUUUUUUUUUGAUUUGUACAUCAUCUAGCUGAAUAAAGCUUUUCAUUGAUGUAUAGUUUGUUAGGAACCAUAAAUCAA